UCUCUACCACCACUAGUCGCGAAGCAAGACGAAAGAAAGAAAGAAGUAAGAAGUGCUUGUGUUUUAACAGAAAAGUUUUAUUAAACAGCCAGACCAAACUAUAUAUACACAUAUAGAAGCAACUAAAGAGGACCAAUAAAAAAAACAACAAAAAUGGGAAAAGCUCAAAGCAAGCGUUCAAUUGAUAUUACCACCGAUCCCAAGAAGGUUGGCGAGGGGGACGAAGUGGCAGGCAAAGUGGAGAAAAUCGAGGAUGUGGAUCAGAAAGUCGGUGAUGGUGCAGCAGCAGCAGCAGCGCCACCACUAAAUGGCGAUGCAGCCACUCCCAAAGAGGGUGCUGGAGAAGCAGCAAGUAGUGAGAAAAAGGACACGGAAGACCAUUCGGAAAAUGACAAAGAUUUGACAACCGAGAAGAGUGCAAGUGAUGCCAAGGGAGAAAGUGGUGAAGGUGGUGCUUCUGGUGAUGGGGCAGCUGAAACGUCAAAGGACGAGGCGGCUGUUGCUGCUGGAUCACCCAAGGAUGCAGCCGGAGCAGAGGAGAUCUCACCACUUGCCGAUGAAAGCAUCAAAUCCAAGUCGAAGAAGGAUAAGGUCAAAAAGAAAUGGUCAUUCCGAAGCAUUUCAUUUGGCAAAAAGGAUAAACAAAAGCCAGCAAAAACAGAGGAACCUGUCUCACCAACAGCGGCAGCUGCUGCCAGUCCCGAAGCAUCGCCAGCAGCAGCAGAAGGAUCUGCCGCAGUCCCAGCUGAGCCUACAACGAAUGGUGAAGCCGCCGCACCAGAGCAGCCGAAAGAAGAAGCAGCAGCAGUAGAGCCCGCGACAACCAAGGAUGAAGUGAAACCCGUUGAGAAUGGUUCGGCCACUGCACAAGAGCAACAGGCGGCCAAUGGAGGAGGAGAUGAAAAAAGGCCACUAACACCACCUACUACAGUCGAGGAGCCAGCCACCAAGCCUGAAGAAAUCACUGCCACCACCACAGAGACCACAGCCGAAACUGCCGCAAAGGAACCACCAACUACCACUGCCACUGCCACUGAAGUUGUGACCAAUGGCCAUGGCUCCGCCACCACCGAAGAGGUUCUGACCAAUGGCGAUAAGAAUGGACUAGCCAGUGAUGAAUCGCCAGUGGCUGAAUCCGUUAACAUUCCAAGCAAAGUCGACGACGUUGAGGAGCCACACCAGAAUGGCACAAAUGGCAGUGCCACGCCUCCACCCACACCCGUUGCUGUCACUGCUCCUGCCGCUGAAUCCGAGGCCGAGCAAAUCAAGAACAAGUCGCAAAUUGAGGUAAACCAAAUAGACAUCACACCCUCUAACAACAACGCACACAACAACAACAACAACGACACUGUAAAUACGAGUACAAAAACAUUAACAACAACAACAGAAACAGAAACCACCGAAACAACAACAACAAUAAUAACAACAGCCACUGAGACCGAAACCACCAUUGCAGCCGCAGAUUUAGUUCAGACCCUAACCAACACCACCAACACCACCACCAAUACAGUCCCAACAAUCCCACCACCCAGCCACACCACUGACACCAACAACACAAACAUCACAGAUACUUUGCCAGGCGAAGAAGAAGAACAAGUGGUCCAAGCAAUUAUUGCAGCGGUUAGUAGUGAGGCCGAUGCCGAAGGUUUCGUUGUGGUGUCGGCUGCUGCUGACCCAGUAGUAGACCAAGAAAACGACUCCAGCGACGUUAGCCCCAACAAGUCAGAACCAUCCGUUGAACCCGUGCCAGAUUCCGUCGUUCUAACCGAGGCGAGCAAUCCGCCUCCAUUGCCCAAGUCUCCACCGCCAUCUCGUGUUUCGGCCUUUGCCUUAGCUGAAGAGGAUGAUGAUGAUGCCGCCGCGGCCGACGACGCCGCACCACCAGCAGCUCCAGAAACUAAUGACAAUGAAAAGCUCCCUCCUUCCGUCCAAGUAGAAGACGAUAAGGCCAACAACACAGAAAUCGAGAAAAUUGAAAGUGAAGCAGAAGAUAUAUCAAUUGAAAUCGAACAGCAAGCUCAGAUUAUUGUUGAUGAGAUAACCGAACAGGCAGCCGAAAUUGUUAAAUGCGAGCAAGACAACAACAAAAAUGAACCACAGAUUGAGGAAGAAGUAAAGCAAGUGAUUAACGAAGAUCUAAUCUCGAAUGAAAUUCGCGAAGAUCUGCCCGAAGCAACUCCAGUUGUUGUAGUAGAGGAAGAUGCUGAGAAGACUACCCCUGCCGAUGGCGGCGAUGCUGAUGAUGAUAAGAGUAGAUUGCCCGAAUACGAAGUGGAACAGCUUGUGCCGGAGGAAGUUACUGAUACGCAAACUGAACACGAUAAACUUGAGAUUAGCAUUGAUCAAAUAACCGAAAAACUUGAGGCCUUGCCGCGACUUAACGGAGAUCAUGAUGAUGAUGAAGAUGCUAAAGCUAAUGCUAAUGAUGAAGAUGAUCUUAACGAAUUAGAUAGAAACAAUAAGGAUAUCACCAAGGAUCUGAAGGAAAAGAAUGCUGCGGCAGCAGAUGUUACAACACAGGAACUGCCCGUUACAUGCGAAUAAUCCUACUCAUAAUUAUUAUAUAUAUUACAUAUUAUUAAAAGAAAAAAACAAAAAUAAGAAGAAAGUAAAGCAAAAAACAACAAAAAAAAAAAACGAUAAAAGAAACAGAACAACAAAAGAACGCAACGUAAAAGAACAACAACAACAAUUACACAAGAUAAACGAGAGAAAAAAGAAAAAAACAAAAAGUAAAAUACAUUUUUUAAUAUUUACAUAUUUUAAUCAUUUUUGUACGAACUUCAUAUCCCUAAUCCAAGAUUACAACAACAUUUAUUCAAGAAAAAAUCAACAAAAACAACAAAAAAAAAAAAACAAUGAUAAGAAAAAGAAAACAAAAGAGAGUAGUCAGAGUUUUGAUACAAAUUUGUCAGCAUCACCAUCAGCUCCUCCACCCCCCCAUCUACCAUCCCAUUAAGCCACUGUCAGCCCACCCCAUACAAGCAAAACUGUGGUUCUCUUUAUCUCACAUUCUCUCUCACUCU